AUGGCGGCGCGCGAAGCAGCAGCAGAGGCGCUGGCGCCGGAACGGCGAUGGGAGUGGCACGCGGAGUCCAACCCGCCACCAUGGCCAGAGGAGCCCAUCGUGGCACACAACGCGACCCCCCGCGUUCCGACUGAGGAUCCUCCCCAGGACGUGAGAAGCGCUGCCAGCUGGAUCAGCACCGUGUUCUGGGGGGCGGCGUUGGCGCUUCUUGGUUGGACAAUAAUGGGCAUCUUGGCGGGCAAUGGUGCAUUUCGCGUGAACCUGGCCUUUGCGGCGGGCCAGGAAGCUCGGGCCCGAGCGACCGAGGAGCAGCGUCAGCAUGCCGUGCGACAGCGAGCUGAUCAGCAGGUGGACCUGCCCGUGCGCCCUAUCCUCACGCCGGAGCAACUGGGGCUGCGUGUCUUUCAUCCUUGUGGCAUUGACCUCGAUGUGCUGACUUUGCCCGACGUAGCGUCGCGCGAGCGUCUAAACCUGCAUUUUUCCAACGCCAACGAGCAUAUCCAAUCUGACCCGCGCUGGCAGGAAGCUUUGCACACCCGGUCAACCCUGGGCGGACCCGCGCAGGGUGCAGAAGGCUUGACGGGAUCCAAUACAGCCCCCAUCCAUGAGAUUGAAGACCCAGGCCCUGGGGUGCUGCUACUUGCCCUUCUUGUUACCCCUCGAUGGGAGGGGGCUGUCGCUCAACAUGGCGUUAGCGCGCUACUGCUCCAGCUGGAACGGCCAUCAGCGGGCGAAGCUUGGGCGCUGGUUGGCACGCAAGUCCGCCUUAACAACGGACAUCUGUUGCUACCCCAGCGCACCUUUGCUGGCACGGAUGAACAAGUCUGCAUUAUUUGCCUGGACGAGCCAGCACGGGUGAUUUUCCGCCCCUGCCAUCACCUCUGCUGCUGUGCUGCUUGCGCCCCCUAUGCUCAAGGGGGCUGCCCCAUGUGCCGCCAGCCCAUCGAAGGGCAAGUGACCCUCAAUCUUCCAACGUCGCCCGCUCAGACUUGA